AUGAGUGAAAAAUUAUCUACUGCUGUCACACAAGACGAAUCUGUCACGGAUACUAGUGAAUUCGAUAAUGUCUUGUAUUUUAUCAAGGAAAAUGAACAGAUAAUUGAUCCUGAUUCUACUAUUGAUGGUGCUAAAAUAGUUCGGAAAUUGGACCUCAUCAUCCUUCCGUUGUUGUGUUGUAUAUAUUUCUUACAAUUUUUAGAUAAAUCGUUGUUGAAUUAUGCUGCCGCAAUGGGAAUUAAAAAAGUCUUGGAUAACCAUGGUGUUGGCAACAAUCAAUUUGCUAAUUUGUCCACAAUGUUUUAUGCAUCAUAUAUAUUUGGAGAACCUAUAAUGUCAUAUAUUUUGCAACGAUACCCACUAGGUAAAUCACUUGGUGUUUGUAUUGUUCUAUGGGGUGUUGUGGUUACUUGUCAUUCUGCAUGUUCUAGUUAUGCCUCAUUGAUGAUAGUUAGAACACUAUUAGGGAUAUUUGAAUCCAGCUCUGCUGUUGGGCUAAUUACUAUUAGUGGCAUGUAUUAUAAUAAACGACAACAAGUUGCUAGGAUGGGUAUAUGGUCAGUCAUGGCUGGUACAGCAACUAUCUUUGGUGGGUUAUUAUCAUUUGCAUUCCAACAUAUACAUGUUCAAAAAUUCAAAUCAUGGCAAAUAUUAUUUCUUGUUAUUGGAUUGAUCACAAUCGCUUUUGGGUUUUUUGUCAUGGUUUAUUUACCUGACAAUAUUGAUACUGUGUGGUUCUUAAACAAGCAGGAAAAACUAUAUAUUCUAAAUCACACGGUGAGACCAAAUCAAACAGGGACUAAAAGCUCGAAAUUCAAAUGGAAACAUAUAAAAGAAUUAUUAAUACUUGAUAAAUUCACUUGGCUCUAUUUUUUGUUAACUAUUUGUUCUCAGAUUGUGACUGGUGCUAUUGGUACUUUUAGUGUUACCAUUACACUUUCGUUUGGAUUUGAUUCUUAUCAAUCUGCUUUAUUGCAAUUACCCAUUGGUGCAUUGAUUAUAAUUAUCAUUUUAACAGCAACACAAUUAGUGUCUCAAUUUGGUCACAUUACAUAUAUUAUAAUAUCAAUGUUUAUUCCAACCAUAGUAGGUGCGAUAGUUUUAAUAAUUUCCCCUAACAAAAUUGGAAACAUUAUGGCAUUGUACUUGCUUUAUAGUGGAUCGUCGGUGAUAACAUUAAUCUAUUCUUGGACAAGUGUAAAUACUGCUGGUACUUCGAAAAAGAUUUUCCGCAGUGGUAUGAUAAUGAUUGCAUUUUCUAUAGCUUGCAUCAUUGGUCCUCAAUUGUUUCAAAAUUAUAGUGCUCCAAAGUAUCAUCCAGCAAAGAUUGUUAUUUUGAUUACACAAUGUAUGUGUAUUCCUAUAACUUGGUUAAUUGGCUGGAUGUGCCAACAAGAGAAUUCAAAAAGAGACCAAAUCAAAGAUCAGAUGCCAGAAAAUUUUGAAUUUUUUGACUUGACAGAUUUAGAGAAUACUCAGUUUAGAUAUAGUUAUUAG